AUGACGUCUAAUAUUGCUGAGUCUAUCAAUUCAGCUCUCGUACAAGCAAGAGAAUUGCCAAUAUUUGAUUUUCUGGAAGAAGUUAGGAUUAUGUUUGGGCGCUGGAAUUUCACUAACCGACAAAAUGGUUCAUAUACAUUCACAACACUUGGGAAGAAAUUCAAUGAAAUGCUUUCCAUUAAUGAGCGUAAAUCUGCACGCAUGACAGCUAGUUUCUGUGUAUCUGUAAUACCAUCAACCGAAUACGUGCACACGGUAAUUGAUGAGGGGCGGCGUUUCAUAGUUUGUAUUGAAAAGAAGACAUGUAGUUGCAAAGAGUUUCAGAUGGAGGAGAUUCCCUGCCCACAUGCCUGGGCUGUUCUUAAGAAAACAAAUCUCACAGCCGACAACUAUUGCUCAAUAAUAUACAAACCUGAAACUGUGAUGAAGACUUAUGAUAUCCCAGUUUAUCCUCUACCCGAUAAGAAUAUACAAAAUCUUGUUUCACUGUUUUCUGUAUAUGUUGAUUGCAUAUACAGCUAUAUGGAAAUUCUGUCUGUGGAUGUAUUCAACAUUGCUGAUACUAGAUACAGCAAUGUGUGA